AAAAAACUUUUGCCUCUUCUCCGUAGAAAGGCUUCAAUGGACCCUUGAGCCGUUUGAAGAGAAGCGAGGCUAUUCUGUUUCACGGCAAUCGUCCUCCCUCUUUCUCCGGCGUAUCUUCUCGUUGACUUGUCAACGCCAACAUCUUCAUUUCCGGUAUUUAUUACAAAAUCAGCCAACUUAUGGACAAGGAUCACAAAAGAGUGCAUUAUCUAACUGAUAGCCAUGAACAAGAAUGCCAUAAGGAAAAGGAAUGUUAUUUUGAGAGUCCAGGUGUUGAGAUUCUUGAAACUUCAAACCGAAAGUCAACCCGUUUACAAAUGAAGAACAAAUUAUCAUCAUGCUCACAAGCUAUAUUCAAAUCUCACAAGAACACUUCCAAAUAUACAAUGAAAUCUUCAAAAACAAUCCUAGAUGGAAACACUCCCAUUUCUGAUAUCAAGAUUAAUCAAAAAAAUGGUGUAUUUUUAACAGAUACUGCCUCCAUGAAAUCUUCUAAAGUAGUUCCAUCUUUUAAAUAUCAUAUAGGGGCAAAAGAUGGGAUUCAGCUUAUUGUUGAUUUGAAUUUAAAGCGAUCUGAUUGGUUAAGAAGUAUGGAAAAAACAGUUUGUGUAUGCCAAAAUCAUUUAAAGCCCAAAUUUGAAAGCUUUAGGCAGGAGGUUGAAUGUUUAGGAGGCAAAAGUAGUUCACUGGACAAAAAUACCCUUUCGGAUGCUAGCUUCAACUCUUAUCCCCAAAAUAAGUUUUCAAUUAAAUCCAUGAGUAAUGAAAUUGGAAAAACUCUUCCUUCAAAACAUCAUUGGUCAAAGUUUGACCAAAGCUCAGAAUAUUUGGAAAAUGUGACAUUUUCUUCUGAGAAACAUUCAUCAUGUUCUAGAAGGGGAAAUCUAUAUUUGGAAAAUGAGGAAAGGAUCAAUUCUACACAAGGAAUUGAAGUGUUAGGAGAGGAAAAUGUGUCUAAAAGAAAGAAAGUUUAUCACAAAAGUGGUCAAAUCCAUGGCGAUCAUUUCGUCUUCAUUCCAAGUGAUAAAUCAGUACUCCAGGCUGCAUUUAUAAGUAAUAGCUUGCACAGAUAUAUAUACUUAUGCUCCAGACCACUUGUGGAUUAUUGUAGGCUGUUACAUGAUUGAUUUGAAGGUGCUCAAGUUUUCUGAUUUACACAUUUACCCUUACACACAAAUAAUGAAAAUUUAUCACUUUGUUGGAGGUUUGGUUUGAUGUAGCAUUUGUACUUUUUUUCAAAAUUUAUGCUUGGUUGCUAGGCGGACGAUUAUAACAAUUAUAAACAUAAACACGAUGAUAUUCACAUUUGCUUUAUUUUUUUUUACAUGUAACGCAAUUCGGAC